GUGCUGCGGAUAACGGGAGACGAAGAAGGAUUUUGCUCGCAGAGCUCUGCGAUAAGGAAGAGAGAUGGCAACGGUUUCAUGCUCAUGGCUCACCCUUCCCUCCAAAAUGAGAACUCUUUCGCUUACUACCUCUGCUUCUCCAGCUGCCUCGACUUCCUUUAGCUUUUCCAGAAGCAUUUCUCACAACGUUUUCUCCGAAGGUUGCUUGUUACUGAGCACAUUACAAAGUAGGUCGAUUCGGCAUUCCGUGGUCUGUGAGGCGGCUCCGAAACGAAAAGCCGAUUCGGCUGCAAAGAGAGCUCGCCAGGCCGAGAAACGUAGGGUUUAUAACAAGGCCCGAAAGUCCGAAGUCAGAACCCGCAUGAAGAAGGUUUUGGAAGAAUUGGACGUGCUUAAGAAGAAGGCUAGUGCACAACCAGAAGAAAUACUCCCUAUUGAGAAACUGAUAGGCGAGGCAUUCUCAGUAAUUGACAAAGCAGUGAAAGUGGGUACGCUGCACAGAAACACCGGGGCAAGGCGUAAGUCACGGCUUUCCAGAUGCAAGAAGGCUGUGGAAAUCCAUCACGGCUGGUACGUCCCAGCUCCUGCAGUCAGUGCCUGAAACAAUCUCCCCAUUGAUUUGAAGAAAUUGGAAAGGGCUGCUAAGGGAGACUCGAUAUGGUUCGUUUUGCCGAGGGUGUGCUUUUCUGAUCUGUUCAAACAAUGUAUGUAGUUUUGUGCAUUUAGUCCAAAGUGGUUUAAUUUUCGUUGCGUACUGUGAGAUCAUAGCAUUAUUUGAUAGCAUUUUCAUAUUUUGCCCUUGUUGGGCUUUCUAAAUGUUGAAUAUAUGGUAAUAACUAGUUCAUUAAUUGGACUUUUGAUACUUGUGCUAUGAUAAUUGCACGUAGCAUAAGGCAUUGGCAGCUGUUGGUUAUUUUCA